AUGAAGACAGUCAACACGGUGUUCGUGGGUCUUACUCUUUUGGUGCUAUCCUCAGGCAUGUUGAUGCAGGCUUCAGCGGAGCUCUGCAGUGACUCGAUAGUUUCGCCAAGUUGUGAUGGCAAUGGCGUCUCAUGUAAGGAGCUAUGCAAAAGGUUCAUUUACAUCGGCAAGGUCACUGCAACAUGCGUUCCCCAGGGGUGUAAGUGCACGGUCUGCAUACCACAUGAUUAA